UCUUCAUCAAAUCUGUUCUCUUCUCUCUCUUCUUCUUCUUCUCUAUAAUCGUAACAGCUUUGGUUUCGCGAAUUUAGAUAAGCUUCUCAGGUGGGUGUAACUUCAGGCGAAGCUGUGUUUUCGGAACGGUUGGGAUUAUGGGUGAGGGAUAUGGAAAGGGAAGGUAUUGUGAUGAUGCUUCAUCUUCCCACCAGCACUGUCAACAUACUGAUGGAAUGGGAGAAUGGAGAUUCUCUAAUCUAGAGGAAGAUAGUUCUGACCCACCAAUUUCUUCACCAUACUGGGAUAUUGAUGUUAAUUAUGAUGGCCCGAAGCCUUCAAGUUUGUAUAAGAAAUUCACUUGGCAAAUAGAUAGAUUUUCGCAGGUUAUGAACAAGAAAGAAAUCCGUAGUAAAGUUUUCGAGAUGGGGGGCUAUGAAUGGUACAUCCUGAUUUACCCUCAGGGUUGCGAAGUUAACAACCAUUUGUCAUUGUUUCUAUGUGUAGCUAAUCAUGAACAACUUUCUCCAGGCUGGAGUCAUUUUGCGCAGUUCGCAGUUGCGGUAGUCAACAAAGACACAAACCGGGCAAAGUUUUCAGAUACCAUGCACCGCUUUUGGAAGAAGGAACACGACUGGGGCUGGAAGAAGUUUAUAGACUUGUCUAAAGUUCUAGAUGGGUACGUCAGUAAAGAUACUCUCAUCAUAAAGACGCAAGUACAAGUAAUAAGGGAGAGAACAGAUCGACCCUUCCCCUGUCUGGAUCCUUGGUUUAGGAGAGCACUGCUUCCGGCCUAUCUGUCAAAUGUUGAGCAAACUUUUCUCCGCUAUGUGGAUGAAAGACAAAGUAUACUUGUAAAGUUGAGAGAAAAUAAAGUGAAAUGGUCAAGCUUCUAUGAUUUUUGGAUGGAUAUGAAUAAGUACUCUAAAUACCUCAUGAUGAGGGUGAGAUCUGACAUCAUUCUGAAGUUGAUAGUAAAACAUUUCUAUGUAGAGAAGGAAAUUUCAUCGACAUUGGUGAUGGAUUCUUUGCACAGUGGUUUGAGGUAUCUCGAGGACCAUGAGAAGAACAAAGAAAGGGGAAAAGUUUUUAUUGAUGGAGAAAGGGCACUUGUGCCUCUAGUUCGUGCAGAGAAGGGUGUGUUUGUUUUAGUUGAUGAUCUAGUGUUACUUGUUGAAAGGGCUGCUAAGGAGCCUUUGCCUCCAAAAGUGGACAGAGGUCAUCUCAAUCGUGCACAGGAUGGAGUUCUUGCAAAGGAGUUGAACCAGAGUGAUUUGUAUUAUGAGGAGACACGACUUACAGAAAUUGGUCGUAGAAUUAUUGAACUAUUUUCCUUGAUACAUGUAAUCAGUAAAAUUGAAGUGGCAUAUCAGGAGGCCAUUUCCUUGAAAAGACAAGAAGAACUCAUCCGUGAAGAAGAGGAGGAGUUGGUAGCUGAGGCAAAACGUGGUGCAACUGAAAGAGAUAAGAAGUCAAAAAAGAAACAGGGUAAACAAAAGCGAAAUAAUAGGAAGGGAAAGGAUAAGGGAAGGGUUGAAAAGCAGCCUAGUCUUGCAGAUGAGGAGUUUGAAGAAAGAAGUAUUCCUGACGAAACAAAAGACAAUACUGAGGAGUCAGAACCUGGAGUUGAAGAGAUUUCGGAUGCAUCUGAUUCAGUAGAUUGUGCUCCUGAAGUUCACCCACCUGAUUAUGUAUACAAAGAUGAUGGUCCCAUCAACACAGAAACUGCCAUAUCGGAAGUCAACCCUUUUGAAGAGGCUACAAAUGAUGGAACAGGCAGUAACCAGUCAUAUCCAGUCAGGGAAGCUGAAAGCCCAUCAGUUGUUGAUGAUAGUUCGUUUACUUAUUCAACUGAUCCAGUUGAGUCAACAUUGAAUGAGCAUUCUGAAGGGGAAUUUCUUGUCAAACAGAAGAGACAAAGGUCUUUUAACAGAAGAUGGAGCAAACAAGGUGAAGUGGUUAGCAAUGAAGCUGGUUGGACUAAUAAUAAUGUAUUUAGUCGAUCAGCUGAGCCUGUAAAUUACCCAAUGCAGCCAAAUUACCCAUCUGGAAGGUCUAGAGGUCAACAAGAAGCUGUUUCCCAUCAUUUGCCAGGAAAAACAAUUCGGCCCUACUGGCGACCAGUGAAGGUAGAAGAGGCUGCGCCUGAGCAAAAUAGAAGACCAAGCCUUGACAACAACCAGAUUGAAGUCAAAAGAUUUUCUGAACAACCGACAGCAGCAGCCGUAGUUCCAUCUUUACAAAGCAGUUCUUCAGGAGAAAUUCAAUCUGCCCAUCUGCCGAAGCCACUCAUUAAAGGAAUUGACUCCUCUACAAUUAGGAAUCCAUCUUAUUCAGAAGUUCCCCGUUUAGAUGCUAUAUCAGUUCCGGCCAAAUCCAAAGUUGAUUCACUUCCAAUAGAAAAAACUCCUUUACAAAAUGUCCCUAUUGUGUCUAGACCACUAACCGUUUCUACUGAACCUGCUCCAAGUCCAUCUGCUCCCAUUGCCUUGCCGGUCAAAACAACAACCCCUCUGCUUUCACGUUCUGUUAGUGCUGUUGGUAGGGUGGUUUCAGUUUCAUCGGUUCCUACAUCGACAACCCAAAGUUAUCUUCCCCGUUCUUAUAGGAAUGCCAUACUUAACGGUCCUGUUUCGGAAAGUUCAGUUGUAGGACAUCAAUUGAGUGAGCCAACUUUGUGGAGUAGCAUUAAUCAUCAAUUGAGUGAGCCAACGUUGUGGAGUAGCAAUAAUAUAUUUGAUGAUGUGGCUGUUGGAAGUCAAAGUGUUCCGGUUCCUGCUGAAGAAUUUCCACAUCUGGAUAUCAUUAAUGCCCUGUUUGAAGAUGAACACAGGAUCGGAAUGGGAAUGCCAUCGGUGAACAAUAACUUUCAAAGCUUAAGCAACCUACAUCACUACCUGAACCGACAACUAAAUCUGUCUGGACCUAAUGGCCGCUCAAAUGAGUCGGUUCCAUCUUGCAGGUUUGACCAAGAGCGAGGUUACCAUAGCGGCUAUGAUGCGGGUAGAUAUGAUUCUUAUGGUCUGUUCUAUAACAACCAAAACUACUUGCAUGGCUAUGGGGAUGGACAGAUUGCUGGUUUAGGUUCAAACCAGAGGCAGAUGAUAGGUGGAGGCUCAGAUAUGAUCCCUCACAUGGGAAUGGGGAGAAUGGAGUUGGAAGGUUCACAUUAUCGUCCUUCGGAUUAUUCUAACUUUGCAUGCAGGGUUGAUGGAUAUGGAAGUACGAUUUUCCGACCUUCAGACAGGCGCUGAAAUGGAAGCUAGUGGCUGAGGAGAAGUGUUGUGUUUAGAUCUGUACUCAACAACAGAAGUCUUUCCCAUCUUGCCUUUCUACAGUUAAGCAAAGAGUGGUGGUUUUAUCUAUACUUUUUUCUUUUCUUUUCCUGAGUUUAAUUUAUUUUUAUAGGAUUUUAUUUCAUUUUAAUGCAAAAUGGCUGGAUUUUGCACUCAACCUCCUUUCUUGUUAUAUUUGAGAGAAUUGACAAUCUCAAAAACUAGAUGAUCAUGGUUUUAUCCCUUUAUACAAAAACACACACCAUUGUGGGAUAUUUGACAUUUACUCCAUCUCUAUUUGCAUUA